AGGCGGACCACUGAGCGCCUGUCCGAGCUCCUGCAGCACAACACGGACACAGCAGGUUCACAAUUGUCCAUUUAGUUGAACAUGAACUUAGAGGAAUCAUCGUGCACCGCCGACUUCUCUGGAGACAGGAAGCGAGGAUGCGCAUUUGCAUGGCAUGUGCUCAGUUCUGAACUUUAAUUUCCCCCCCUGCUUUUUCUAAUUCGUCCUUGGAGUCUGAAAGGAGUUGCCAACUUCAGUUGCAGCCACCUUCAGAAUUCAGAGAACCAGUUUGGACCUGCCGGUGGAAACCAGUUCAGUUUUCCACCACUGCCGCCCCUCUCAACCUUUCCCCCAAAACCGAGGCUGCACCUCCUCCUCCCUCCUGACAGGCGAAACCAGAUAUUCCGGUGCCUGGAUGACUAAGGAAAGUUUUUCCAGACCUAUCCGAUGGCUGGCUCAUUUGACCCUCCUGCCUGGAGUGAGAUGACGAAUGGAGGCGGGUACCCCCACUUCAGCAAUGGAGGCAAGGGUGGGGGUUCCCAAAGCACAUUGCGCUACAUGCUGAAGAAACAGCAGCGCCACAGACGCAGGUCCUCCUCUCCUAUGGGCAGGGUCAUUCUCAUCAAUGCACCUGUAGAUGGAGGAGACGACAGUGAAGAUAUUCACACAGUGACAGUCAACAAGAGCCCAGAUGGGCGCCUAGGCUUUAGUGUCCGUGGGGGCUCUGAACAUGGACUUGGCAUAUUUGUCAGCAAGGUGGAGGAUGACAGCUCUGCAGCACAGGCUGGGCUCACUGUGGGGGAUAAGCUGAUGGAGGUGAAUGGGGUCAGCCUGGAGAGCAUCACUAUGAGCAGCGCUGUAAAGGUCCUGACAGGAAACAACAGGCUGAGGAUGGUGGUGAGGCGUGUGGGAAAGAUCCCCGGCAUCCGCUACUCAAAGGAGAAGACCACAUGGGUGGAUCUAAUUCACCGGCGGAUGGUGGUGGAGGAGAACGGUCGAACGCCGUCAGAGGCCAGCUCAGACAGCGCUCUCCGCCGGAUUGUACAUCUCUUCACAACAUCAGACGACUACUGUCUGGGCUUCAACAUCAGAGGCGGCAAAGAGUUUGGACUGGGCAUUUAUGUCUCAAAGUUGGACCCAGGUGGGCUUGCUGAACAGCAUGGCAUCAAAAUGGGUGAUCAAAUCCUUGCUGCAAAUGGGGUGAGCUUUGAGGACAUCACCCACAGCAAUGCAGUUGAGGUCCUGAAGAGCCACACUCACAUAAUGUUGACCAUCAGGGAAGUUGGAAGAUACCCCGCAUACAAGGAGAUGGUGGCAGAAUAUGGCUGGCUUGAUAAAUUAGCCAACGGCGGCCCUGCGCUAUCCUCUCAGGGUUCAGACUCCCACUCCUCUGUCUCCUCACUGUCCUCCAGCACCCCUGUCAGCUCCCUCAGUGGUCUCUCCCAGGUCCUUUUCCCUCCGGCUUUCCACUCGGAGAUGGUGGAUGUGGCCAUCUCCACGGAGGAUCGCUCCCGAUGUCAACGCAGCGCAGAGCGAACUGCAGACACUGCCAUACAGACUGACCCACCACCUUCAGACUUCACUGACCAACCUUCACCUAACAGGCUGGACCCUGACAGACUGGAAACCAGCCGGACUGUGGGUGAAACGGUGCUGCUGAAGGACACAGUCGUACAUGGGAAAGGUGAGGGGCCAAGGGACAUGGGAGGAGCCAGAGAGUUAGGGCAGCGCCGGGUGAGGACGCUGUCUGCCGGAGAUAGAGACGCUGCAAAACGGUCUCCUAAAACAGAAGCUCUGAUGGCCCUGAGCAAACCACGAAAGCCAAUCCGACGUUCCCAGAGCCACAUCACUGUGUCAGAGAAGAAGAAGAAAAGGCAACAGCAGGAGAAGAGCUCAGAGGACGGUAAAACAAACCUGCAGCGCUCCAAAACCUUUGUCAGCCUUUUGUUCAAGAGAGACCACAAGGAGAAGAGUCGCUCAUCUCAUCCUCCUAAUGAAAAGGAGCGGAGUCGUCCGUUCCAGCUCUUUUCCUCCCCGAGGGAAUCCCGCGCCGGCAGCCCACUGCCCCACCAUCAGACGUUGCAGCAUGUGGAAGACAUAUCGAAGAAAUUGCUCUGUCCAGACGAGGCGGCAGCAGUGAUGAGACAUUGUCGGCGGUUUCUGACUGACAAUGUGAUUGAGGAUUUGGUACACCCCCUGCUGGCAAUCUUGGAUCGACCAGAGAAGCUGCUCCUACUCAGAGAAAUAAGGAUGCUGAUACCCACCACUGAGCUGGGUCGUUUUGACAGCCUGGUGAUGCCGUUUGAGCUAGACGCCUAUGAUGCCCUUAAGAGUCGCUCCAUACGUUCUCCGGCUCUUCGCUCACCUCGCAGUGGAACCCCUCGCCGUCAUCUCAUCACCCCGAUCCCAGAUUACAGGGGCGGAUUUCACCUCCAGCCAGUUCACGACACACAGCAGGAGCGUCAGCUCAUCAAGGACUUUGAGAGACUUAGUUCAGCCAGCCAGCAAUCAGGUUACCUGCCACCGUCCCGUGCCUUCACCCCCCUGCUAGAUGUGCCCGUGGAUAACUACGCAUCUUUCACUGGACGCUCGCGCACUCCAAGCCCCUCGCCCAGCCGCAGUUUCCUCCUCACCGGAUCACCGCACAGCACUCAGCGUGGACACCAACCUCACAGCUCCACGACCAGGAGAGAGAACGGGGCAGCCAGGUACGACCGGGCAUCCCUGUUGUCUGUGUCAGACCGUGGAGAUGCUGCCCCUGAGCGCGGGAGGUCACCUGUGAGGAACAGCCACAGCAGGGGAAGGAGGGAGGGGAGUCCCGACAGCGUAUAUGGCAGAGAAAGCAGACAGGACGGCUACACCGAGGUCAGCGUGCGGGUUCCCUCACAGCAGAGGGGAAGAGCACCCCUGGCUGACGUGUUUGAUUCCCCCAGAGAGAGAAGCCCCUCCUCGCGCAGAGGAAGCGGGCCGCAGGUAAAUGGAGGCUUUCGAAAUGGUCAAGAAAGAAGAGAACCUUUGCCAACCGAGGAGUAUGAAAUUGCAACACUGACCAUCUCCAAGGCCAGGCAGUCACUGGGUAUUAGCAUCUCUGGGGGUAUCGAGUCUAAGAUCCAGCCUGUGAUAAAGAUUGAGAAGAUUUUUCCUGGAGGAGCUGCAUCUACAAAUGAGGCUCUGAAGGCAGGGUAUGAGCUGAUGUCCAUCGAUGGCGAGAGUCUGCAGGGAGUGACUCACCAGCAUGCCGUGGACGUCAUCCGCCGCGCCUUCAGCAAUAAGGCCAAAGACCCGAUGGUUUUUGUGGUCAAGGUCCCGAAGGUGCCCCACAUCCCCACCGGCCCUGUGAGACCUGCAGAAUAGACUCUGUGUGCCUCGCCAGCAGACUACUGCCCAAGCAUGAAAGAAAGCAAAACCUGCAACUCCAGCGGGAAACAAAGUGACUCAAGCAGAUUGUUGUAAACUUAACCUUUUUUUUCCUGUUCUUUUUUUGCCACAUCGACGUGAGAUAAAGCCCUCCAUUUAUGACUUUUAUAUCAUUUUGCUAAUUGCAUGCGCUGGGCCUAAGCUCUGGUCCUGACGUGUUGUUUUUAUAUAAAGGACGGUUUAUGACAAGAUUAUUAAAUGACUCAUAUGUAUGCUCUUGGUUGACAGCGUGCCGCUGCUCAACAGGCCUAGCCGCGACCUCUUAGCACUGUCUGACAGCAGACCGCACUUUACUCUUCUCGGCCCCGCAGCCGUCGCAAAGACCGCCAGAAGGAGAUUAUCCCAGCUUGUGUUAUGAGAUUUAUAGAUUCAUACCCAGAUUAAAGCCCCGUAUUAUGUCAAAACCGAGAGUUUGAUUUUAGUGGAUGUCUGGGGUGGAGGGUGUGGGGGCUAUGAAAAUGCUCUGCUCUGUAUUUUUAUGUUGCUUUUUUAAUUAUAAUUUUUUUUUGGCAGACGUCUUUGAACUCUGAAGCAAUCCGACCCUUCAGAGGCUUAAUUACAGCUCGCUGUGGUCAAAGCUCACGCCGACAUUUAAAGAAGUUGGAAAUCACAUCAUUGGGAAAUGCAGGACUUGGACGCUGGUGGCAUGGUUUAAAUCAGAGCAAGGGAGCGGCGAUAAGAGCAGGAGAAUGUGCUGUGCAUAGUGCCUUAUUUCUGGGGGAGAGCAGUGGGAGGAGAACACUGAUAAAGUAUUACACAGAGAGGGUUCCAAAGAGAAAGCUUCGGGCCCAUGCAUGAGGUCGAAAUGUAAGGAUGAAACUUGUGUGUCAAUGUUGUUGAGUUGCUACAAAAAUACCGGGCUAGUUUUUAAGAGUGAGUUUCGGCAUUUCUGUAACCCGAAACCACUGAUUUUUAAAAGUGUCCUUCAAAAAAAUAAAGAAAUAAAGAAAUAAAACGCCACAUGUGGUACUGUAUGAUACAGGAUUUUUUUAAGGGGAAUUGUGGAAUUUAUCUGCAGGAAGAAAAAAAGAUGGCCAUCUUAUCGCUGCAAUUACUGGACUUUUUUUUUUUUUUUUACUGUAUUCGUUAAAUGAGAAAGCUCUUGCUGACAUUUUGUUUGUGGAAAAAACAACAACUGAUGUGGUCAUUUAAAAUAAGUGGUUUUCCUUAAAUUCAGAGGCAUUUAAACCGUUUCAAAGCAUGUUAUUCUGACAGGAGAUUUAACAGGUAAGAUCCCAUUUUACACUAGAAUGCUGUGUUUUAGGGUUUGUUUAUUUAGCAAGGCCAUACCUCUUUGUGCCCCUUGAACUGUUUCACAUUCUGACACAUUAAAUCUCAAAAUG